UUAGUGCUGUUCUGUGAUCAGCCUGGACUUCCCGAAUAUAAACUUGAAAAUUGAGUAGUUCUCUUGAGUUGUUUACGGCCUCUCAGAUGACACUUCCUUUAAUGUUGAGUGGUGUAACAGAAGCAGAUGAUUAUUUAUUUAUUUGUGCCAUUACAGUAAAUGGAACUCAUUUCUCAGCAUAAGUGAAAGCCACUAUCCGACUCUUGGAAGUCAGAGCUGGGCUCUUCUACACUCAGUGCACAAUGCUGAAUGAAUCCAAGAAAUCCAGCUGUUGAGGUCUAAGUUUCUAGAAAGUCACUGUCCCCGACUGUGACUGCUCCAGCUUUGCCUCCGGGUGGGCUGUAUGGCGCUGUGAACUGUUUAAAGCUUCUAUUUGAAACCUUCACGAAUAACAGCCUCUGGGUGUGAAUUCUGGAAUAAUGUGGACCUUGGCACUGUGGGUGUUCUCUCUCCUCUGCGAAUUCAGCCUGGCAGUUCUGCCGACUAAGCCAGAGAACAUUUCCUGCGUCUUUUACUUCGACAGAAAUCUGACUUGCACUUGGAGACCAGAGAAGGAAACCAAUGAUACCAGCUACAUUGUAACUUUGACUUACUCCUAUGGAAAAAGCAAUUGCACUGUCAAUGCUACAGAGCCUUCAUAUUCUUUUCCCCUUUCCUGUGCAAUGCCCCCAGACAACUGCAGUGUUCAAGUAGAAGCUCAAAAUGGAGAUGGUAAAGCUAAAUCUGACAUCACAUAUUGGCAUUUAACCUCCAUAGCAAAAACUGAACCACCUAUAAUUUUAAGUGUGAAUCCAAUUUUUAAUAAAAUGUUCCAGAUACAAUGGAAACCCCGUGAAAAGACUCGUAGGUUUCCCUUAACGUGCAUGCUUCGGUUCAGAACUGUCAACAGUAGCCGCUGGACAGAAGUCAAUUUCGAGAACUGUAAAUGGGUCUGCAACCUCACAGGACUUCAGGCUUUCACAGAACAUGUCCUGGCUCUACGAUUCAAGUUCAGUGACUCAAGAUAUUGGAGCAAGUGGAGCAAAGAAGAAACCGGAAUAACUAUGGAGGAAGUUCCACAUGUCGUGGACCUGUGGAGAAUUCUGGAACCAGCUGACAUGAAUGGAGACAGGAAAGUGCGAUUGCUGUGGAAGAAGGCAAGAGGCGCACCAGUCUUGGAGAAAACGCUUGGCUACAACAUACAGUGCUUUGCAGAGAAUAGCACUAACCUCACAGAGAUCAAAAACGUCACCGCCCAGCAGUGUGAACUGCUUCUGAGGAACCAGACAUACUCUGUGUCCGUGACUUCUUUUAAUUCUCUUGGCAGUUCCCAAGAGGCCGUCCUGAGGAUCCCCGAUGUCCACGAGGAGACCUUUCAGUGCAUCAAGAGCGUGCAGGCCCACAUAGCCGAGCCCCUGCUGGUGGUGACCUGGCAGAGCUCCAUUCCCGAGGUGGACACUUGGAUAGUGGAGUGGCUCCCAGAGACUGCCGAGUCAAAGUUCCCUGCCCUUUCCUGGGAAUCUGUGUCUCAGGUCACGAACUGGACCAUCGAGCAAGAUAAACUAAAACCUUUGACAUGCUAUAAUAUAUCAGUGUAUCCAGUGUUGGGACACCAAGUCGGAGAGCCAUAUUCAAUCCAAGCUUAUGCCAAAGAAAAAGCUCCGUUAGAAGGUCCUGAGACCAGGGUGGAGAACAUCGGUCUGAGGACAGCCACAAUCACAUGGAAGGAGAUACCCAAGAGUGCCAGAAAUGGAUUUAUCAACAAUUACACUGUAUUCUACCAAGCUGAAGGUGGAAAAGAGCUCUCCGAGACUGUUAACUCUCAUGCCCUGCAAUGUGACCUGGAGUCUCUGACACGAAGGACCUCGUAUACUGUUUGGGUCAUGGCCAGCACCAGAGCUGGAGGUACCAAUGGGGUGAAAAUAAACUUCAAGACAUUGUCAAUCAGUGUGUUUGAAAUCGUCCUUCUAACAUCUCUAGUUGGAGGAGGCCUUCUUCUACUUAGCAUCAAAACAGUGACUUUUGGCCUCAGAAAGCCAAACCGAUUGACUCACCUGUGUUGUCCUGAUGUUCCCAACCCUGCUGAAAGCAGUUUAGCCACAUGGCUCAGAGAUGAUUUCAAGAAGUCAAAUAUGAAGGAGACUGAAAACCCUGAGAACACCGAAGACAGGGUCCCAAAGCCAUGUCCCGUCUCCGCGGAUCUCAUUGACAAGCUGGUAGUGAACUUUGAGAAUUUUCUGGAAGUAGUUUUGACAGAGGAAGCUGGAAAGGGUCAGGUGAGCAUUUUGGGAGGAGAAGCGAAUGAGUAUGUGACCUCCCCAUCUAGGCCCGACGGUCCCCCAGGGAAAAGUUUUAAGGAGCCCUCAGUUUUAACUGAGGUUGCUUCCGAAGACUCCCCCAGCCCAUUCCCACAGACUUCGGGAAUGGCAGAAGAGGCAUACUCAGAAUUGGCCAGGCAGCCUUCGUCUUCCUGUCAGAAUCCAGGGCUAGCGCCUUCCGGUGAAGAGCAAGCUCAGAAUCCGUAUUUGAAAAAUUCAGUGACAACCAGGGAAUUUCUUGUGCAUGAAAAUAUUCCAGAACACAGCAAAAGAGAUGUCUAAGAGCUGCUGUGGCGCGAAGUCCUCAGAGACUGAAUGGAUCUCUUCCCCAGAAAAGACACAGAGACUUCCAGAAACCGCCUCUGACCCCUCCCUGUUCAGUUUGCUGCAGAGCUGCCCGGAAAUUGGUGACACGGAUGUGGACUUAGGCCAGGAAGAACGGAAUGCUUUACAGGGCAAAGGAAGUUACUUCCUUCUGGGCGCUCUCGCAGGGGCCCCUUGAAAUGAUGGCCUCAAGAGAAGGGCCAAGCUUCGGGGCUUCUUAAAGGACGCCCCCAGGUGGACGUGUCAGAUCUUCUCCCCAGGAACCAUGUUGUCCUUGGCCAUUGCUGAAGCUACCCUCAGGGUCCAGGACAGCUGUUUUGUUGGCACUUGACUCUGGCAGGAACCUGGUCUCUACUAAUUCUUCUAGGGACACCUUCUCCCCUUCAUGCGGAGGCCAGGAGUAGAAUGGGUUCCUCAUUGUAUGCCAGGCUCCUCAGUCCUUGCUCCAUCUCAGGGUCUUCAACAAUGCCCUUUCUGGGACUCUCCAUCACCCACUUACAUUUAUUUUUGCAACAUGGGGGAUUGAGCCCAGGGACUUGUUUAUGCCGAGGCAAGUGUUCUACCCAUCCCACUCACCCCGAGUUUAUUACACCUUGACUGCUGCUAAAUCAAGACAUUCCAGAAACCUCCAGGAAGACACUGGCAUGGGCUGUGGGCUAGGCAGCAGGUCAGCCUGCUUUGUAGGCCAUUUCCUCUGUCCUGUGCUAUACCUGGUACCGGAAGGCACCAAACGAGGUACUCGGUGGCUUUUGUUCAGAGACACAGACUUGGGGCCCAGGAGUGCUUUCUGAGAAGACCCUGAAAGGGCCUCUUCCCAGCCACCUUGAGCGAGGCCUGGUAAGAGGUAGCACUUAGCAACCAUAUCGCUGCCUUAUGAGGACUUCUGCCCCUUGGCUAUAGCCAAGCACAGAGCUUGUGACAUGAAGGCGCCUUUGGCAGAAGUGCCCAUCACAGGAUUUGUUUGCUUAGGCUUGGGGAACUGUGUGGCUGCACACAGCGGGCCACCCUCUGGUCCCUUUGUCUUGUUCUCAAGCCUGGGAAGUGACU